CUGAACGAGCAUGAGGCUCCGGUCUGGUGCUGUGCGUUCCACCCGCUGGUCCCCCUCCUUGCGAGUGGAGGAGGAGAUCGUAUCGUGAGGCUAUGGCGGAUGGACGGAGAGUGCCUGCGCGUUCUUCGCGGUCACUCUGAGUGGGUUUACAGCUUGAGCUUCUCGCCGUCGGGGGAGCUGCUCGUCUCUGCCUCCUUCGACGGGUCCCUGCGCGUGUGGGACGUGAGCAACGGGAAGUGCGUGCGAGUGAUGCGAGCGGGAGGGAUCAACUUCCUCGCCUGCUCGUUCGACCCUCUCGGCACUUUCAUCGCCGCCGCCUCCUCCGACAAGCUGAUCCGGUUCUUCCGCCUGUCCGACGGUGAAGUCUCGCGGACCCUGCGGGGGCACGAGAAGGAGGUCACCUGCCUCUCGUUCCACCCCUCUGAUCGCCUCCUGGCCUCCGGCUCCCUCGACUGCUCCCUGCGCCUCUGGAGCACCAAGAGCGGAGAGCAGCUGAGAGUGCUGGGAGGCAGAGCGCAAGCCAAGGUCUGGUGCUGCUCCUUCAGCCCCUCAGGUCACCUCCUCGCCUCGGGGGGGAGCGACUCCGUCAUCCGCCUGUGGCGAGUGGAGGACGGGGAGGUCGUGAGCUCGCUGUCUGGCCACAGGGGAGCGGUCAGGACGCUAGCGUUCGACGCAAGAGGAGGCGAUGGAGGAGAGCUGCUGAUCUCGGGGGAGGGAAACUUGAUGUGGGGAAGCGACAACUCAGUGAGGGUGUGGGGCCCCGUGGAGCGAGGAGACAGGAUGCAGCUGCAGCCGCUGCAGGAGGGUGAGAGGUGGAAGUGGAGGUGCCUUGCUGUCGUGCUCGGGCAUGGCAAGAUGAUCACCAACGUUGCGCUGCCUCCUGACGGCAGUUUCUUCGCCUCCUCCUCCCGCGAUGGCUCUGUGCGCCUCUGGUCGGUG